AUGGUGAAUCUUUCGCUACAAACUGGUCACUUCCCUGUUGACUGGAAAAAUGCUGUCGUUCAUCCUAAUCUUAAAAAGGAGAAUUCAGAACCAAAUUUCGCGAAUGAUCGACCUCUCGGUAAUCUUGCCUUUACUUCAAAGCUUACUGAGAAGGCUGCCAACAACCAACUUCACUCGUUUUUGGACGAGGAACAACUGUUUCCAUCUGGACAGUCAGCCUAUCGCACUUAUCAUAGCACAGAAACCUUACUGCUUAAAUUUAAAAACGACCUCCUUCUAAACAUGAAUAAGCAGCAUGUGACACUUGUUGUUCUACUGGAUCUCAGUGCUGCCUUCGACACUGUUGAUCACAUGAUUCUUCUCCAACGUCUUCAACACAAAUUUGGCAUCUCUGACACUGGCCUCAAAUGGUUCUCCUCAUAUCUCGCUGGUCGCUCCCAACGAAUCAUCAUAAAUGGAGUACAGUCUGAUAUGUUCAAACUCGAACAUGGUGUCCCUCAAGGGUCUUGCCUAGGCCCUCUAUUAUUUGUGCUUUACACCAGUAAAUUAUUUGAUAUUGUGCGCUCUCAUCUUCCCAACGCCUUCAGUUAUGCUGAUGACUCCCAAUUAUAUAUCUCAUUCAAGCCUGGUCAUAUGGCGAACGAAACCACUGCCAUGCCACUGAUUGCAAUGCAAUCCUGA